AUGAGUGUAUAUACUGGCGAUGCUUCACUUCUCUACUUGCAAUACUAUGAAAAGUUACACGCAAGUUCUGUUCAAAAAGUCCCAGCUAAUAUGGUAAUUGAUGAUCGUAAAAGAAAAGGUGGCUCACCAACAGGCUUUACAUUAUAUUUGGUUGUAGAGAAAAAGUCAUGGGAUAGAGCUAUUAGAAUAAAUGGUGCACAAUAUUCAUAUCAAGUAGAAUUAAAGGCCGGAGAUAAUACUGGUUUUCUUUCUUUAGAUUCAAAAUCUAAAUGUAUAUUCACUAAUAUUGAAUGGAAUGCCAAUAAUGCCAACACCACAUUAUCAUUCGUUAGUGCAAAGACAUUGGGUAUUUGGAGUGAGGAUUUCAAGAUUGAAAUUACACCAGCUCAACGUAAAUUAUUUGACAACCGUGAAUUAUACGUUUAUGUGUCAGAUAAUGAAAAGUUUUACAAAGAUAAUAUUGAUAACAAAAUUAAAAGAGACCAAAUUAGUGCUGGCUACAUUUCUUUUUAA